GCAUUUCAAGUGCAUUAAUAUCCACUUGGUGAGACACUAAACUGAGGCACCGAGAAGGAUCACUUUCCUCUCCACCCAACCUCGCACAGAGGAGAGAUCGCGACGGCGACUGACCGAGACGGCGAGCGAGUGCGAACUACGGCGAGGGAAGGACAGUGGCGCGACGCAGUUGAGAAGAAGGAACGAAGAAGGGGCUGAAUAAGAACAAGAGUGAACCCUAACCCCUUAAUCGCUAAAAUGGAAUCUAAUGCACUGCCAUGUGGAGACAAACUCGUACUGAGGGGAUUGUCAUUCCAUGGUUUUCAUGGAGCAAAGCCAGAAGAAAGGAAACUGGGCCAGAAGUUCGUGGUAGAUAUAGAUGCUUGGAUGGAUCUCGCAACUGCUGGCAAAACUGAUCACUUAUCUGAUACAGUUAGUUACACAGCAAUAUAUGAUAUAGUUAAGGAAGUUCUUGAAGGGUCACCUCACAACCUUCUGGAAUCAGUGGCCCAAAAAAUUGCAAUAACUACUCUGACAAAUCAUAAAGAAAUUUUUGCUGUUCGAGUGAAGGUUGAAAAGCCUCAUGUGGCAGUUCAAGGUCCAGUUGAUUACUUAGGCGUUGAGAUUCAUAGACGGAGAAGCGAUUUGUCAGGCUAAACUUUUAUAUUUGUUUUGGUUCCACUCUAAUAUUUUCAAGAUCUAUUUGACGCAAAAGUAAUAUAACUCUUUCCCUUGGCCAUUAAUUUUUUCUCUAUCA